UAGUUCGAUGUAUAUUGUAUUCCGUUUUGUGGAAUAGUUCGCUUCUAUGCAUAGUAAGAGGAGGUUCGUGAUAAAUUACAGAUUAUUAUUCAAGUUAUUUUUUUAAUAUUGUUUUAUAAAAGAAGAUUAAAAUAUGACGGAAGAUAAAACAGAAUUUGAUUGGGGCAAUGAAAAGUUACAACGUGCUCAAAAAACGGUGGAUGAAUCUCCAUACGAUUUAGAAGCUUGGAGUGUUCUAAUCAGAGAAGCUCAAAAUAGGCCUAUUACAGAAGUUCGACCGAUCUUCGAAAAACUUAUUUCCGUAUUUCCAUCUGCUGGCCGCUAUUGGAAAAUUUAUAUAGAACAAGAGAUGAAAAUGCGGAACUUUGAAAAGGUUGAAAAGCUUUUCCAAAGGUGCCUCAUGAAAAUCUUAAACAUUGAAUUAUGGAAACUUUACCUUUCUUAUGUAAAAGAAACUAAGGCCAGUCUUGCAACAUACAAGGAGAAAAUGGCACAGGCUUACGACUUUGCUUUGGAUAAAAUUGGAAUGGAUAUACAUUCUUACAGUAUUUGGAACGAUUAUGUUAUGUUUUUGAAAAGUGUGGAAGCUGUAGGUUCAUAUGCUGAAAAUCAGAAAAUUAGCGCCGUGCGUAAGGUAUACCAACGUGGCGUUAUUAAUCCUAUGAUAAACAUGGAACAAUUAUGGAAGGACUACAUGGCAUUUGAACAAAAUAUUAAUCCAAUAAUUGCAGAAAAAAUGGCAAUUGAAAGAUCGAGAGAUUAUAUGAAUGCUAGACGAGUUGCUAAAGAAUUAGAAGCUGUAACAAGGGGUUUAAAUAGAAGUGCUCCUAGUGUACCACCGACUGGUCAUCCAGAAGAAGUCAAACAAGUUGAAUUAUGGAAAAAGUAUAUUGCAUGGGAACGUAGUAAUCCAUUGCGAACAGAAGAUACAUCACUUGUUGCGCGUAGAGUAAUGUUUGCAAUAGAACAAUGUUUAUUAUGUUUGGGACAUCAUCCAGCAGUAUGGCAUCAAGCAGCUCAUUUUCUUGAACUAAGUUCAAAAAUAUUGACUGAAAAGGGAGAUGUAAAUGCUUCGAAAAAUUUAAGCGAUGAAGCAGCAACGAUGUUCGAAAGAGCAACGAAUACAUUAUUGUCGAAAAAUAUGUUAUUAUAUUUUGCUCAUGCCGAUUUUGAAGAAGGCAGAGUUAAAUAUGAGAAAGUUCAUCAAAUUUAUCAAAAGUUUCUUGAUAUUCCUGACAUCGAUCCUACGUUGGCAUACGUACAAUAUAUGAAAUUCGCAAGACGUGCUGAGGGAAUAAAAUCGGCUAGAACUGUUUUUAAAAGAGCUCGGGAAGAUCCACGAUGUAAACAUCACGUUUAUGUUGCAGCUGCACUCAUGGAAUAUUAUUGUACCAAAGAUAAAAAUAUUGCAUUUAGAAUUUUUGAGCUUGGAUUGAAAAAAUUCGGCGACAAUCCUGAUUAUAUCCUUUGUUAUAUAGAUUAUUUAUCGCAUUUAAAUGAGGACAAUAAUACUAGGGUUUUAUUUGAAAGAGUAUUAUCAUCUGGAAGUUUAGAACCAGAGAAGUCGGUUGAUAUUUGGAAUCGUUUUCUGGAGUUCGAAUCUAACAUAGGAGAUUUAGCCAGUAUAGUUAAAGUCGAGAAAAGACGAAGUGCUGUAUUGGAAAAGAUCAAAGAAUUCGAAGGUAAGGAAACGGCCCAGUUGGUAGAUCGUUAUAAAUUUCUUGAUUUAUAUCCAUGUACACCAAUGGAAUUAAGAUCUAUCGGAUAUAUGGAAGUAUCUAGCGUAGCUAGAAAUUCAACCGGUGUAGUACCACGAGUACCUGAUCCAGAAGAAGCCAUAGCUUCUUUGCCUAGACCCGAUUUAUCACAAAUGAUCCCUUACAAACCCAAAGUAAAUGCUUUGCCUGGAGAGCAUCCAGUACCUGGUGGAACCUUUCCUUUACCACCUGCCGCGGCGCAAUUAUGUACAAUGUUACCACCACCUGGUUGUUUUAGAGGACCCUUCGUAGCAGUGGAUCUGUUAAUGGACGUUUUUAGUAGAAUUCAAUUACCUGAUCACGCACCAUUACCAAUAGCGGAUAAUGGCUGCGACACAAAAUUGUUCGAUCUAGCGAAAUCAGUUCAUUGGAUCGUCGAUGAGAGCAACGAUGGUAUGAGUAUCGGUUCGAAACGUAGAAGAACGCGUUUAGCCGGUGACGAUAGCGAAGAAGAAGAUUUACCGCCACCACCAGCGAACGAUAUUUAUCGACAAAGGCAACAGAAACGAGUGAAAUGAAGAUAUACGCGAAAUACAUUAUCAUUAAUAAUAAUAAUAAUAAUAAUAAUAAGUCGAUCUAUAA